GAACAUUAACUUGAAUACCUCGCAUGAGUAAUACGAUGCAGUAUUUCAUAUUGUAUUUCAUACAUGAAUAAUGGUUUCUAUUUUGGAGGCUGACUGCACUACAUGACUACUUCAAUGCGUUGGGUGGUGAGCAUACUAGCACUCGACUGCGUGGUCGCAGGUUUAUGUUAGAUGGAAUGUUUUUUUAAUGGAAAUGAAAUUUUGAUGCCAAUUUGAUCGAAGAGCACAGUGAUUUGCUAGGAGAUUUGGAAGUGUUGUGUAUAUAGAAAACAUUAAAGCAUAUACCGCGUGAUCGUUGACCAGGAUGGGUUUCUUUCGUGUCAUCGUCUACGGACUCGAAAUCACAGCUCUUGUUGUGACGAUAGGAUUGUCUCUGACUGUCGCUAUCGUCAUGGGACUACUGAAGGGUGAUUUUGACGGGCACUGCCCCCUGUAUCCGACGGUCAAAACCGGGUAUCUCCUUCUCAAGGAUGAAUCAAAUUGUAAUUUCGUGAUUGGUAUGCACAGUGUCGCCAUUUUCCUCGCUAUUAUCAUAGGAGUCUACAGAUUACUGGAACUUGUCAAACAGAAGAAACUUGUAACAAGCGCUGUGGUUCCAGUUUUCUUCGGGGGACUCUAUAUUCUUGUUUCGAUCUUAAUCAUGACGUCAGCAUUCAUCAUCACCGUCGGAUUCAAUAAACUUUGCAAUGGGCUUGUAGAUUUUAACAUUCCUUUCUAUGAUAAAUGCAUUGAUUUUCAAGAGCCAAAUCACCUGCCUCCCUACGAUGCAACUCACUUCCACGACUAUCUCGUGACUGCUGAGACGACAGCUUGGCUGAGUUUUGCUAUCUGGUUUUCUCUCGCCAUCUUUACGGGCAUUAUGAAUACGUGUUGCAAGAACAAGGUGUGAAAUAGUGCAUCGGCUAUAACAAACAGAAAAACGCGGACCACUAUGGUAGCUUUGCCAUAAUGGCAGCAACAAGAAAGGAUUCCAUGGGAGUUACCAUAAUGGCCAAGUGAUCAUGGUUGCAUGUCUUUAUGAAACGCCGCGGCGCGCCGUCCCUGAUGCAUUGAGAAUGUUGCCAUCAACACAACAAAAAUUAGACAUAACUUGAGAAUCAUAAGAUGUAAUGAUGGGCGUGUUUAUAAUACCUUUUUUUUUUUUUUUUGGCAUGCGUUUGAUUUUCAAAGUUGCAUUUAGAAGCAAAAUUGUACAGAUAAGUAAGAAACCCUUUAGCGAUACUGUAUACAUUUUUUGAUACCUUUUGCAUUUGGUUUAUAGGAUCUGUCGCAUAAUUCAUUUAACUGGGUGAUUUUUUUGUCUCUCAUAAUGCACUAUAAACAAAUUAGAAAAAGGAGAACAUUAAAGAGUAAUUUCACUCAAAACGUUCAAAGUUGAGAUAAAUUCAUUUAGUCACGGAUGAGAGCUCUUAUAGCAUGAAAUAUUAAGACUUUUGUCUUGGUAAAAUCCAUUCAUGUGCUCUAAAUAGAAAGGGAGGAUAUCCCGGGGGGGGGUAAUAUUCAAGAAAUAUUGCAACUGUCAAAUAAUUAUACAUACCUAAACCUGAUCGGUAACAAUCAUAUAAGUGAUAUACAACACCAACUCUGUGAUAUCUUAGACAAGCAUUUUCCUCGGGAAACAUUUUUAAUGAAAACGAACAUUCCUCCUUGAAUAUAAUUAUAACUGAAAUAUUUCUAUAGAUGUUAUCAGAUUAACUGUAAAAAUAUUCUCGCGUAAUAUGUAUCAUCAUAUGGCUAAUUCGUCUUUGUUUAUUUUUUUCACAAAAAACGAGUUACUGUAGAAGAAGAAGAUAAUGACCAUUUUGUUUUACCACUUGAUUUAUGACAUGAUGUAAAUACUUAAUACUUUAUUUCUUUCCUUUUUGCGGAUGUUCAAUUGGUAAACUGUUGCUGUACUGAUAUACCACCAUGAUAUAUCAUUAGACAGUAUAUACCUGUUUCAUGUAAUAUUGUGCAUGUUGCCCAGUAGUGGUAGGGAAUGACGUAAACCGGCAUUGACAUUUUUACUAACAAAAGAAUAGUUGGAAUCUAGUUUGAAUGCAUUCAAGAUUCAAGAUUCAAGAAGUUUAUUUCAUUUCCAUGACAAAUAUAAAUCAAAUACAGAUACAAAUCAAAGUACGAGUACAAAAUCAAUUUUACCUUAGCAUAAUUAUAUAACAAAAGCUUGUAUAAACAGUAAAAAAACGUGUAUGGAAAUGAGGGAUCCACUAAAAAGCAUUGCUUGUAGAGCGUGGAUCCCCUAUAGCGAGUUGAAUAAAUAAUUUAUAUUAAGCAAUUGAGAAAAGGCACAGUAAUGAAUAUUAACUACAUGUGGAAAUUCAUUCGAUUGUACAAAUAUACAAUAUUAUAAAAUGGGAAAGUAAAAUGUGAUAAAUAUAAUAGGAAUUCUUGUUUCAGUUCUUGUUUUCGUUCAAUUUAAUAUUUUUUCUCAUUUCCAACAAGAUACACAAAGUCAACAUAAGUAUCAUGAUCACAGAAGACAUUUAAAGAUUGAUACAUGCAAUUAAAAAAAGAGGAUUUUCAACAAAAUAUGUAAACACUGUAGAAUGUACAGUAUUGCAAUGUGAACGAAGGUGAAUUAUAAUUAUGCUUACAGCUGGGAAUGUUCCUGUGUCAAGCAAGCCAAGUCAAAAUACAAUAUUUAUUCUAAAUGUAUAUUUUUAGGCUUCGUCAGGCAUCAGCUCCCUAUCACGCUCUCAUUCUCAUUUACCUUGCAACGCACCACGGCAGCUCUGUUCACUUAUUAUGAUACCCUCGCAAAUUGUUACAAUAACAUAUUACGCAUUUCACAAUAAACCUUUGAGUGGCGGUGAGGGCUCUUCCCUUUC